AGUCUUAUAAAUAACACACACAAAUAAAACAGAAUUCAAAACUUUCUCUAGAUUUCUUCAACAUAUAUUCAGUACAACUUUUUUCCCAAUCUCCAUCAACAUGCCUGAAAACAAGAAAGUUAUUAUUAAAGUGGAUAUCCAUGACGAUAAGGGGAAAAGAAAAGCUCUAAAGGCUGUUUCGGGUCUUUCAGGGAUCGAGUCCGUAGCGAUGGACAUGAAAGACCAAAAGAUGACCAUCAUAGGAGACAUUGAUCCGGUAUGUGUCGUAAAAAAACUAAAAAAAUGGCACACUGCUAUACUCACCGUUGGACCCGCGAAAGAAGAUAAGAAGAAAGAACCAGAGAAGAAGAAGGAAAACGAAGAUGAUGCGGCGAAGAAGAAGAAGAAGGAGGAGGAAGAAGAAGCUAUUAAAAGAUGGAUAGAAUUUCAUAGUUAUAGGGGAUUCAAUCCGUUUCCGCCACAACAAAUAUGUCUUCAUCCGGUAGAAGAAAAUCCCAAUAGUUGUGUUAUCUGCUGAAUGUAAAAGAAAGCAUCAACAUGCAUUAGGUGCAUGUAUUUGGGGUUGACGUUUGGUUAGUGAUCAUUGUCGUACUUUCUUUUAUAUAGGGUUGAAUAAUACAUUUUUGAACUUCAUGUUU